GCAAGGGAAAAGUGGAGACGGUGGUGAAUGACAUAAAUUUUAGUCGCCACCAAGAAACGCUAUGGACUUCCCUUGCGUGAUAAACUAUUGAAUUUUCAAUUAACCGAAAAACGAAACGAAAUAAUUGCUACAAAAAAUUCGAAAUGUAUUAAUUUAAUAUAUCGGUAUCAGUGGAUUAAAGCAUUACUCAGCAGAAUCUGUUUUCCGCACUUUGUAAAGACUUCCGCUUCGCCGGUCUUUAAUUAAUAAACAAAAAGCAUUUCCGGUUAAACCGCUAGUAGCCACCGCAAUCCGCUCCAUUACUAACUUGCCCUUGGUAAUAAUAACUAAAUGAAUAAUUUAUAGUAACACACCCUCAUUAUAAUUUCUGUGUUCGCCCCCUCAAACCAGUCAAAUCCACCGUUUGAUGGAAUCCGGCAACUUAAUACAAACAAUGCUCAAAUUAAAGAAUAACAACCUGAAGGCGGCCAAUUUUCGUAAUAAACUUCUGUGGCCAUUUUUGGUAUACAUGGUUUUUACUGGUUUUACCAUUUUUCUGGUUGUUAGUCUAUGGAAUAGGUUUCUCGCAAAUCCGACGCUGACCUCGCUCGAAAGUUCGGUAUAUUCAGUGGGCAAUAUACCGUUUCCAGGUGUAUCGCUCUGUAAUUUGAAUAAAAUCAGCAAAAAACGGGCGCAGGAGAUGGCUGAGUAUAUUGUCAAACAAACUGGGCAAAAUUUUACACGAAUUAUGAGUUCUUUCAAGUUCUUGGGAUUCCUGCAUGACUCAAACUACGACAUUAGGUUCAAGACAGAGAUCGAAGAAUUUCAAAGUAUUUUAGAUUCGCUACAACUCAAAAUCACUGCUUUGAUAAGAAAUCUGACCACACCCUGCGACGACCUUUUGCAAAUGUGUCGCUGGAAGGGUCACAAGAUCAACUGUUCUAAUAUUUUUCGCUUGAGACUGACCUUUGAGGGCUACUGCUGUGUUUUUAAUUACGUGAAGAAUACGUCAGAAUGGUGGAUGCGCCGGGCGAGAGACGAAACUUUGGUUUUGGAAUACGGGUCUCCAGGGAUAAGCAACGGUCUAUCAGUCGAGCUUAAUAUCGAUAUAGACGACUAUUUUUAUACCAUGAUGUCUUCGACGGGAGUUAACGUGCACAUUUUCAUCCCUAGCGACUAUCCCGACAAGUCCAGCGGUGACUUGAUCGAGAACAUCGCCGACAUCGGCACAGAAAACUUCGUGGAAAUCAUCCCCACAACCGUGAGGGCGGUUAGGGAUGUAAUGAACUACGCUGUUGACAAACGAGAAUGCCUCUUCGAAGUGGAACAAAGGACGCAGUUUGGGGUGUAUUCGCAAAGCGACUGUUUUGUGGAUUGUAGGGUAAAGAGUAUGACGACUCUGUGCGAAUGCAUACCCUUUACUGUGCCUUUGAGUGACGAUUACACAGUUUGUACCUUGCGGGAUCUUCCAUGUCUCGCGAGAUAUAAAAGUAAAUGGUCAUCUCUUGUUCCGGAUAAAUGGCACGAAUACAAUAUAAGGGAACUGGAGGAUGCGCUUUUGUGCUCAAAAACUUGUUAUCCUUCAUGCGACUCUACUUUGUAUAGAGUUGGUGCAUCCGCAGUUCAAAUCAACGAUUCCAGGUUUAGCAACAUCACCGCUAUUCAUAUUUUUUACAGGGACAGACAUCAUAGUUUAUACAAACAAGACGUUGUGUAUUACUGGUUUGAGAUACUCAGUAAUUAUGGUGGUGUGUUUGGCAUAAGUCUUGGAGUGAGUUUAAUUUCAAUUAUUGAAUGUUUACUAUACUCUUUCAAAGUGAUAAUUGGAAAAUAUACUUUAUAG